GUCAUUCUAACCCAACAAUUUGCUCGAACAAACAUAUCUUAUUAAUCUUUUUGUUAUCGCGCGAGUUCUUAUAAAUACAAAUAGCCGGCAGAGUUAAAGUUCAGUCGGUUUAUUGCAAUCUCUCAACACAAUGCUGAGGUCAAGUGUGAUAUUUUUCAUAGUUUGUGUUCUUGUGGCGAAUGCUUUUGUCCGAGUGCCUUUAUAUAAGGUAAAGUCGGCUAGACGCAGUCUACAAGAAGUGGGCACACAUGUGCAACAAGUCCGCAUGAGGUAUGGGGGCCCUACUCCUGAACCUCUCUCCAAUUAUCUGGAUGCGCAAUAUUACGGGCCGAUUUCAAUUGGGAACCCCCCGCAAAAUUUCAAGGUUGUUUUUGAUACAGGAUCAUCCAAUUUAUGGGUGCCUUCCAAGAAAUGUCAUUAUACAAACAUAGCCUGCUUGCUUCACAAUAAGUAUGAUUCGUCACAGUCAAAGACCUACAAGAAAAACGGCACCGAUUUUGCUAUUCAAUAUGGAUCGGGGAGUUUGAGUGGAUUCUUAUCAACUGAUAUUGUUACAGUUGGCGGUUUAAAGGUACAACAACAAACAUUUGCUGAAGCCAUGAGCGAACCAGGUCUAGCAUUUGUUGCCGCAAAAUUCGACGGAAUUUUAGGAAUGGCCUACAACCGCAUCUCAGUUGAUGGUGUCACUCCAGUCUUCUAUAACAUGAUUCAACAAAAUUUAGUCGCCCAACCCGUCUUCUCAUUCUAUCUUAAUAGAGAUCCAAGUGCUGCACAAGGCGGAGAAAUAAUUUUGGGAGGAUCAGAUCCAGCUCACUAUAAAGGAGACUUUACCUAUUUGUCUGUUGAUAGACAAGCGUAUUGGCAGUUCAAAAUGGAUAGCAUAAGUGUUGGUGGUAAAAACACGUUCUGUGCCAAUGGUUGUGAAGCUAUUGCUGACACUGGCACUAGUUUGAUCGCAGGACCGGUUAGUGAAGUGCAAGGAAUCAACAAAGCAAUAGGUGCUACUCCCAUUGUUGGAGGGGAAUAUAUGGUGGACUGUAACUUGAUUCCAAAUUUACCAUUGAUCGACUUCACUCUAGGAGGCAAGAAUUUCACAUUGGAGGGAAAAGACUAUGUUCUAAGGGUGGCACAAAUGGGCAAAACUAUUUGCUUGUCUGGUUUCAUGGGCAUUGAUAUCCCACCACCAAAUGGGCCCUUGUGGAUUUUGGGAGAUGUGUUUAUCGGGAAAUUUUAUACAGAGUUUGAUUUAGGAAACAACCGAGUUGGGUUUGCCGUUGCUGCUUAAAUAGUUUUCUGUGUUUAUCGUUCCAAAGAUUUUUUUUAAGUUGUAAAGCUUGUAGAUACCUUCAAUACAAUAAAGCGUCGUUGCAGUUUUCCUUAAUA